CACAGUGGCGUGACGUCACUUCCCAGUCAAACGUGGCUGCCGUGCCGAAAGGAGUGGCUGUUGAAUCUGUCAAAUUAUAUGGUUAUUUGGAAAUAUUAAUGAUUUUUCCCAUCGGCUACGGAGCGAUAUAGUGAUAUUUGAUUAUUGUGUGUCAAGCAAAGUGUAACGAAGCCUCAAAACAUGUCGUCUUCGGGUGAUUUCGGUAACCCGCUGCGAAAAUUCAAGCUCGUUUUUCUAGGUGAACAGAGCGUUGGUAAAACCUCCCUCAUCACAAGGUUUAUGUAUGAUAGCUUUGACAACACGUAUCAGGCAACGAUAGGAAUUGAUUUUUUGAGCAAGACUAUGUAUCUUGAAGAUCGAACAGUUAGACUGCAACUGUGGGACACCGCGGGACAGGAACGAUUCCGUUCCCUCAUUCCUAGUUAUAUUAGAGACUCGACUGUUGCUGUGGUGGUGUAUGACAUCACUAAUGCUAACUCCUUUCACCAAACAUCCAAAUGGAUCGACGAUGUUCGGACGGAACGAGGUAGCGACGUCAUCAUAAUGCUAGUAGGCAAUAAAACUGAUUUAAGUGACAAAAGACAAGUUUCCACAGAAGAGGGUGAGCGAAAGGCAAAGGAACUAAACGUUAUGUUCAUUGAGACUAGUGCUAAGGCUGGCUACAACGUGAAACAGCUGUUCAGAAGAGUGGCUGCAGCUUUGCCGGGUAUGGACUCCACUGAGAACAAACCACCAGAAGACAUGCAAGAGGUAGUUCUGAAGGACACGCCGAUCGAACUGAAGGCGUCGGAAGGUGGUUGUGCAUGCUAAGCCAACAUCGGUUCUAAUGGUAGAUUAAACACUCAAUUAAAUUAAAACAUUUGUUCCACCAUUAAAAUCUUAGGUCAAAUUUGAAUGUGACGAUAUAUAGCCACGUUCCUUUACACAACAUAACUUAAGUAAUGCAAAAAAAUAAUGAUAAUAAUAAUACUUAAAAAAAAAAAGAAAUGCAAAUGCUAAACACAGGAAAUGAAACUUAAAAAAAAAACAUGUAACUGUAUUGCAUACUAAGUAUAAGUCUCAGUUGGUAGCUCACAAUGACUGCUUUUACUCAACGUUAUGGCUCAGUGUACUAUUUAUUUAUAUCAUUCUUACAAUUAGUUGUCUUUUCACCAGCAAGUUAAUCCUGUUGAACAUCGUGAACCUAAACAAUGGAUUAAAGCAAGAAUUUCAAGUCAUUUAGGACCACAAUCCAUUAUUAGUACAAAGUAAACUAUCUUUCUCGUGGAACCAUAAGUUAUUUUUAUUAUUAUUAUUUGAAGUCAAUAAUCGCACGUUUUUGUUGUGAAAUUUUUUUUUUACUUUUAGCUGUAUCCUGUCAACGGAUAUGCUAAAUUAAAAAUUGAUCAACUGAGCAGGAUCCUAGCUACAGCUGGUUGGUGGCUGUGAUUGAAAUUUUUCUUCAUCAAUUAACUUUUUCGAUGCAAUGAGAUUUUCGUAAAAUCAAACCUCAUUUCCAUUUGUAAGAGUUUCUAAAAAGUUCCUUGGAAAACAGAUAAGCAGGAGUAUUAAAAUGCUGACACCUUCAUAACGGAAAAUCACAUUCGUCAUCAGGUUUUCGUAUUAUAAAAAAAACUCAGUUUCCGAUUUCACUAAAAAUUGGGUUUUUUAUUAUGCUCACCGUAACUUUUCGAGUUGAUAAUUGUUCGAUUUGAAUAUUAUGUAAAAAAUUCGUCAAAAUCUUCUCAACUGUACAGCAUGAUUUAAACGUCGUUGUUUUAAUUUGUUGAUUGCCCUGUAGUUUUGCUACUGCAGUCAAUAAACAUAGAAAUUACGAAAAGUCUCCGGAAUAAUAUGGGUUCGUGCAAAUGUACUAUGAACAACUGAGCAUUAUCUUUGUUAAUGGAAUAUUGCAGUUAGGAAAGUGAAUGUAUGUACAUACAUUCCUAGCAUGGAUGCGAGAAGUAUUGUAUCUCUUUUACAUUUUCAUGGUAAUGCUUUGAUAACAAUCAAAUUAAUACUCUCGUGAUAAAGCACACUUUACGUAGAUUUUACACUUAUUUGAAAAAGAAAAAAUUCAUAUAAUUUUAUGUUAUACUAUUACGUAUUUCUUUUUUUUCUUUAAUUCAUGUAAAUUUUUUCAAUGUUAUGAAUUGUUUCAAAAGAAUAAGAUCAAAAAAGUACAAGGACUUGUGGAAUUGAAGAAAAAAAAAAAAAUAUUUUUCAUGAAAUUAUCAGAAACUAUAAUACUAUUAAUAUAAUGCAGUACACCUAUUGUAGUAAUAGUAAAAUGAAGCUGUAUAAAAAAAGUUCUAAAAAUAUACGUCGAAUUUAUAUAAAUGUGUUUUAUAACAACAUAUCAUAACACUAACGAAAGCGACAUGUAACAAUAACGUUCUUUGUGUCCAUGCUAGAUAUAUCCGAUUACAAUCGAUUCUGAGGUACACAAUUUCAUCAGGUCAGAAAUAAAAUCGGGGUGGCGCAUGUGUAAACAUCAGUAAAGUUACCAAUCUUUGUCGUAGAUGAAUAUUUAGAAAUCUAAAUCGACCACACUUGGGUAUACAUAGUCAUUCAUUGCACUGAGAACGUGAUAUGACUUUGACAAGAUAAUGCUAAACAUUUUGGUACUAACUUUGUACGGACUGUAAUUCUCCCAAAUCUUCUUUCAAGGUUUUUGACAACUUGGCUUGCUGUAUUUUGUAAUUUUUGGGAAAUCUAUUCAACUUUCAGAAGCAAUAAAACCUAUGACUACGUAAGUGAUGUUUUACUCAGUGAAAGAAUCACACAUUAAACUUGGAUGCAAGCUUCGAAACAAUGGUUAUUAGUUGAGAAUAUUUUAUAGAAAGUUGUACAUAAAUGACAAAUCAAAAAACUGAGAAUUGA